UUUUUGGGCGCAGGCCGUCUUCCAUCUUACUGCAGUGCCUAUUUCCGUUCGCGUGUGACGCCGUGUCUUACUGUCCUGUUCCUUUUUUUUCCCCUUUUUUUGCCAAAGAGAACGAACCAUGACCGACCAGCUAUUGCUGCCGAGAACCGCGUACCGACCGCCCUCCCCGCUGGGCCGGAGGAGGAUGGCGCAGACACUUAAUCCUAUAAUGGAGGAGCCCGAGGAUACAAGAGACUCGUUCGUCGAGCGGAGGAGGAAAAGGCGGUCCGUCGAAAAGAUCGAGCAGUGGCUUUCGCCAAUGAGCGACCACUUUCCCACACCGAGAGGCCAGCACUUCCUUGCGGCGCCUGUCUUGCCGGCCACCCCCUCCUGCGUGUCGAGCGACGCUGAGCCCGAGCCCGAGCCCGAGCUCGACCUCGACAACGACGACACCAGUUCCCAGGCUUCCUCGUCGAUCCCGUCCCUUCAGUGGAAUCGCCAUAACAACAGCAGCAACCGAGACAGCAUAAUGACCGACGUGACCGAGUUUGACGAUCUUUACGAUGUCUCCGAUGACGAAAUCACACGAGAGCAACGUCUCCAAUCUAACGGUAUCAGCCGCCAACGAAGCUCCACGAGUCUCAGGAGAGCCUCGCGGGCGUCCGUGGGACUGUUGAGAUCCUUGGCUCCCUUGGUGAUCCCUGAGGAGCAGGCCCCGGCAGCAGCCAAGAAGCUGAUGUCGCCUAUCCCACCGACACCACCGUCUGCUGUUGCCAUGUCGCCCGCCGUCAAGAGCUUUAUGGAGUUGCGCCAGGCUCAAGAGACUCCCCGCGUCUCGGCACCUCCUUCCCUCGACGGGAGCAUCAACUCGGAGGAGAUGGCCCAAAUGUCCGCUCCCCCAACGCCUUCGAUCGGUGCCCAGGACAACCAAGACGAAGAGUGGGCCGGAGUCCACCUGCAGCCCGGUGCACUCGAGACGCUCCAGGCCCUCUCUGGGAGCGAUGCAGAGUACGAGGAGGAACCUGCUCAGGUCAUCGAGAUACCACAAGAGAUGACCCAAGCACGUCAACAGCUCCCCCGACUCGUUACCGGCGCUGGCGUCGACAGGGCUCCCUCACUCCGACACUCCCUGAUUGGGCUGACAAGGCUCGAGAUACCUUCCCCGGGCGGCUUCUUUUCAGAACUGUCAUCUGCCAGCCGGCGGACCUGGAAUAGCCAGCCAGAAGAGGCCAACCCACCUACUUCGACCACCGCCGAGAACUUUUACAAGACCCCCUGGACAAAACCCGCAGAGAAGACCCCGCCGCCGCCGCCACCACCACGACGGCCCCUGCACCUCGACGACCUUCCAUCCGCCAUCGUCGAGCGCGUCGUUGAGCUUCCCCUGAACAACGAUUCCGGGGACCCACCGACGGCCAUCCGGGAGCAGAAAACUCCAGUCACUGCUCUUAGAAUACCGCCUACUCCGAAACAGCCCGAGGCACCGAGCUCCGGCGCAGCAGCUGAGGAACCCCUGUCUCCUGCCGAUGUCGACGAGAUAAUCGCCGAGUAUGAUCCUGAGUGCGUCGCCAAGAGGGAGGAAAAUGCACUGUCGCACAUCGACCGCACUAAGAUGUGGUUGGCGGCACAACGCGCCUAUCUCCAGGGUAUUGUAGGCUUCUCAGAGGAGAGAGAAGCGUCCGAGGAGUCUGAGUCUGAGUCCGGGCCGCACGUCGAGUCCGAGGGGCCAUCCGCGGUCGCCUCCCCCGAGCCUGAAGGAGCCGAGCCCAAGAAGAAGAGUGUCCGCUUCUCCGAAGUUGUCUCCAAGAAGGAUAUCCCGCGCAGGUUACCUUCCAAGCUCGCGCGCCAAGAAUCUUCCUACUACCGGGCUUUCACCGAUUACUCUGUAAGGACUUGUGCCCCGGAUGUCUUCAUCCACCGCCAUACGCGCUUCGAGGCCCUCCAGGCCCAGCGCGCCUGCCUCAGGGAUGCUCACCGCAACCAAUUGCUCGGCAAGUUCCAGCUGUCGGUGGUGCCCCAGUCGACAAAGAAGCGCAUGAGCGCCAACGUUGUGCGUGGCGACGAUGUAGUCGUCGAUGAUCCCGAGAAACUUCGCGCGGAGAAGGAAGCCGAGGCUCUCUCGCAGAUGCGCAUGGCUACCUGGCAUGUCGCCGCCACCAAGCUCCUCAACGGCGGCCGCCUGAUCGCCGCCCCCGUGGGCAAGCGUCUGGGCCGCCAGAGCUACAUGGCCACCCGCGCCGACGGCACCAGCCGUGACCGCGCGCGCAUCCUCGAUCUCGGAGGACAGGGCACCUGCGACUGGGCCUGGCACGCCGCUCUGCUGUAUCCCAACACCGAGAUCUAUACCGUCACCACCAAGGCCAUUCGUCAGCUCAGCAACAGCAACAUCCGCGGCCCGCCCAACCACCGCCAGGUCGCCGUCACCAGCCUUGCCAAACUCCCUUUUGCCGACAACCAGUUCGACCUCAUCUCGGCGCGCGAGCUGCACGCCGUGAUCAAGCUCUUUGGCGAGCACGGUAUCAACGAGUGGGAUGCUUGCCUGCGCGAGUGCAUGCGCGUUCUGAAGCCCGGCGGCUACCUCGAGUUUACCCUUCUCGACGCCGAUAUCAUGAACGCCGGGCCGCUCGGCAACGCAAAGGCCGUCGAAUUUCACUUUGCCCUGCAGACGCUCGGCUACGACCCCAACCCAACCCGAUCCUUCCUCGGCCGCCUCCAUGCCGCGGGCUUCGACGAGAUCCGUCGCGCGUGGGUGUGCCUGCCCGUCGGGCCGAAACACCCCCCGCAGUCCGUCUUCACCACCGCUAGCAGAAACUCGACAACGUCCUCCUCCUCCUCCUCCUCCUCCUCCUCAUCAUCAUCAUCCGUCAAAGUGCACCGUCUCGAAGCGAUGGUCACCGGCUCGACCGACAACAUCGCCGCCGUCACGGGCAUCGCCGCGGGCUGGAGCUGGGAGCGGUGGCUGCUGCGCGCCGAGAUGGAGAGCGCCGCCGGCGAACUGCGCCUGGCCGACACCGUCACGCCCGGGACGGCCAUGCGCGAGGCCGGCAAGAUGAUUGCCGACGUGCAUUCCGUGGUCGAGGAAGGGCGGAAGAUAGGGUCCUGCUUCAGGAUGCUGAGGGGUUAUGCGCGCAAGCCGGGGCCGGCGCCGGCGCCAAAGGCAACAACAACAGCAACAAGAACAACAACAAGAGCGACGAAGCGAGUGGAAAUGGAAGAGGUCGCAGAUUCCGGGUUUCUGGACCGGAGCGGAUCCAUUCGGAUUUGCUUAGACACCGAGUCUUUAAUGUGAAGAUGCAUACAUGGUGCAUACAUGGUGGCGGAGAUGGGGGGGUGUACAAUGGCAUAUCCUAAUUCUUCUCUUCUUUGUCUUGAGCGAGCACAAGUCAUUCAUGGGCCAGCUGUGGUUUUCUUUUUUUUCUUUUUUUUUUUUUUUUUUCAACUGUCACACACAACAUUGGAUAGCCAUACACAUCUCCCUGAAGUGUAGAAAUAAAGGUUGAUACCGCGAGACAUCGCCCUCA